UGCUUAAUUUAUAAAAAUCUGCAUGUAAAUACGUAUAGUUAUUUUAAUAAAUAAAGAAAAUAUUUAAAUUAUUUGUCUAGUUGAUAUUUAAACGUGAUAGAUUAAUUGCAACAAGUGAAAAGAAAACAAUUGAGUAACAAUUUAAUCUUGAAAAUAAUAACAACAAAAUAAUGAUAAAUUAUUUCUUUGUAUUAAAAUUGUCAUUAUCAGUAUUGAUUGUUCUCCCUCAAUGAGGAAAAUCUCAGCAGCUAGAUGCUUGUAAUUAUUGCACAUCAUGAAUUUAUUCUCAGUAGAUGUUUAAAGAAAAAGAAAAAAAAAAUAUAUAUGAAUUAUCAAGUGUGAAAUUUGAUGGUUGUUUGCAAAUGUUGUAUAUUUUGUUUGCUUAUAUUUAUGAUAUUAUUGUAAAUGAACAAAUCACAGAGUGUAGUUUAUACAUUCAUCGAACAGUCGAGUCACGACCGUCUCGUCGAACAGACGUCGUCACGCGUCUCGACGCCUCUGUGCGUCUUCGGAAUAACUUAAUAAACCAAUUAAAAUUAAUUUUAUAUAUCAUCAAUAAAUAUAGAUAAAAUUUGCAAUUUUUAAAAUUCAAUAUUUAUAAUUGUUUUACAAGAAAAAAUUACAAAAAAAAAACAUUCAAGGAAAAUAAGCAAUCGGUACAAAGUUCAGAUAACAUUUUUUUUUUUUUUUCUACACUUUAUUAUUAUUUUAUGAUAAAAUAAUUAAUUAUUUUAUAAACUAAUAUUUAAAUUAAGUAAAAAAAAAAUAUUUUUCAACUAAAUAAGAGGUGUAUUAUUAUUUUUAUUUAACAUUGAAAUUAAAAUCAAGUUUUUUUUUUUUUUUUAAAUUUUUUGUUGAGAAAAAAAAAGCGAUGAUUGUUGAUAUGUAUUUUUAAAUUAAAGUGAAUAAUUUGAUGGAUUGUAAAUCAUCACGAAAAACUCAUUCAAGGUUUGGAUAAGAGAAAAAAAAAAAAAAACCGGUAAAAAAAAUAAUAAUAAAUAAAUAAAAAAAAAAAAGUUGGCACAAGAACCCGAUAAGAAUUUUGUAAUUCAGUCAGAUGACUGUUUCGUGAAUGUGAAAUUGGUGUCACAAAUAUAAUAAUUUUCCUGUUUAUAAAUAAAUUAUGAAUAUUUAAAAAAAUAUAUUUAAAACAGUUACAGUUAUAUUUUUUUAAAACUAAAAUAUAAUAUUUAAAAAUGAAGUUAUCAAAAAUGGAAGGUAAAGAACUUUCGCUUGAUGAUCCACAAGCUUAUGGAUUAGGCUAUCAAAACACACUGAUGUAUGGUCGUUAUACAAAAGACCUUGGUGAAUUUGCUAAAGAAGAAGCACGUAGAUUACGUUCAAGUGAAAAAACACGAAGAAAACUUGAUAAAUUACGAGCUGAAGAGUUGAGAAAAUCACGUAGAGGACCAUUAUGUAGAAAAAUUGUUGGUCUUGUUGCUUUUACAUGGAAACAUACUGGUGCAAGACUCGGUGAAGAUUGGGUUUUUUUAGCAUUACUUGGUGUUAUUAUGGCACUUUUAAGUUACGCUAUGGAUCGUGGAAUUUCAAUGUGUAAUAAUGCACGUAUAUGGCUGUAUCAAGACUUGACAUCACAUCCAGCUUUGCAAUAUUUAGCAUGGGUAUCAUUACCAGUUAUUUUAAUAUUAUUUAGUGCUGGUUUUGUUCAUAUUGUUGCACCACAAAGUAUUGGUUCUGGUAUACCAGAAAUGAAAACAAUAUUACGUGGUGUUGCAUUAAAAGAAUAUUUAACAUUUCGUACACUUGUUGCUAAAAUAAUUGGUUUAACAGCAACAUUAGGAUCUGGUUUACCACUUGGUAAAGAAGGUCCAUUUGUACAUAUUGCAAGUAUUGUUGCAACAUUAUUAUCAAAACUUGUAACAUCAUUUCAAGGAAUAUAUGAAAAUGAAUCACGUAAUUGUGAAAUGUUAGCUGCUGCUGCUGCUGUUGGUGUUGCAUCAUGUUUUGCAGCACCAAUUGGUGGUGUAUUAUUUAGUAUUGAAGUUACAACUGUUUAUUUUGCUGUUAGAAAUUAUUGGCGUGGUUUUUUUACAGCAGUAUGUGGUGCAACAAUGUUUCGUUUAUUAGCAAUAUGGUUUCAACGUGAAGAAACAAUAACAGCAAUGUUUGCUACAAAUUUUACAAUGGAUUUUCCAUUUGAUCCACAAGAGCUAUUUGUAUUUGCUCUAAUUGGUGUUGGUAGUGGUCUUGGUGGUGCAUUUUAUGUAUGGUUACAUCGUCAAUAUGUUAUAUUUAUGAGAAAAAAUAAAAGUAUGAAUGCAUUUUUACAAAAAAAUAGAUUUUUAUAUCCUGGUAUUGUAUCAUUAAUUGUUGCAUCAGUAUCAUUUCCAAUGGGACUUGGACAAUUUAUGGCUGGUGAAUUAAAUACACAUGAUCAAGUUUAUGGUUUAUUUACAAAUUUUACAUGGACAAAAGAACAUCUUAAUGCUGAAGAAAUUAAUAUUGUUAAACAUUGGUCAACACCAUAUAAUGAUGUAUUUAUUGGUUUAUUUGGUUAUGUAUUAUUUACAUUUAUAUUUUCAAUAAUAAGCUCAACUGUUCCAGUACCAUCUGGUAUAUUUAUACCAGUAUUUAAAAUUGGUGCUGCACUUGGUAGAGCUGUUGGUGAAUCAAUGGCAUUAUCAUUUCCAAAUGGUGUUAGAUAUGGUGGUGUUAUAACACCAAUUACACCUGGUGGAUAUGCAACUGUUGGAGCUGCUGCAUUUUCAGCUGGUGUAACACAUACAAUAUCAGUCAGUGUUAUUAUAUUCGAAAUGACUGGACAAAUAACACAUAUUGUACCAAUUAUGAUUGCUGUUUUAAUUAGCAAUGCCAUUGCAGCUCUCCUACAACCAAGUAUAUAUGAUAGUAUUAUUCUCAUCAAAAAAUUACCAUAUCUUCCUGAUCUUUUACCAUCAAGUUCUGGAAUGUACAAUAUUUAUGUGGAAGAUUUUAUGGUACGUGAUGUCAGAUAUAUUUGGCAUGGAAUAUCAUAUCAAAAAUUGAAAGACAUAUUAAAAGAAAAUAGAAAACUUCGUGGUUUUCCAUUAGUUGAUAAUCCCGACUCUAUGAUUCUUCUUGGUUCAAUACAACGUUUGGAGUUGAUCAAAUUAAUUGAAAAACAUAUUGGUCGUGAACGAAGAUUACAGGUUGCACAAAAACUACAAAAAGAAGCUGAAGAACGUGCACGUGAAGAAAUGGAACGUGCUCUACUUGAACAAGAACGUUCAAGACGUCCAUCAAGAUUUGAAGUAAUACCAGCACCAGAUAUACUAAAAAUGCAACGACAAAGUGUUAAUGAUUUAUCAUCAAUAUCACAAAAUGGUGAUCAUCAUACAUACCACUCACCAAUAUUUGGUUCACAGCCAAAAAAAUCAAUAUUAAAAAAGACAAAUUCAUUUACAUUAAAAGGUUUUAGUCCAUUAUCAAGUCCAGCAGUAACACCAUAUACAACAGUUACUGGUGCUGAGAGUAGAAUACGUUUAGCAUUUGAAGCAAUAUUUCGUAAAUCAGCAACACUACAAGAUGUUGAUCCAGAUCCAGAAGUUGGUACAUCAAUUAAUGAUAAUAAUUGUAAUAAUAUAACAUCAUCAUCACAAAUAAUACAACCAAUGUUAAUGACACCAAGUCCAGCAACAUCAAAAAAAGUACAAUUACCACGUGAAAGAGUUAUUGAUAUGUCUGCUGAAGAUCAAAAACAUUGGGAAGAAAGUGAAAUGUCUAAAGAAGUUGAUUUUUCAAGAUGUCAUAUUGAUCCAGCACCAUUUCAACUUGUUGAAAGAACAUCAUUAUUAAAAGUACAUAGUUUAUUUAGUAUGGUUGGUGUUAAUCAUGCAUAUGUUACAGCAAUUGGACGUUUAGUUGGUGUUGUUGCACUUAAAGAACUUAGAAAAUCAAUUGAAGAUGCUAAUUCUGGUAUAUUACCAAUUCAUAAUGAUGCAUUUUCAAAUAAUUCUGUUGCAAAUAUUGUUAAAAAUGAAGCUGGUGAUUAUGAAGCUAAAAUUGCUCUACAAAAAAUUAAUUCAAUUGAUCAAGCUGGUGGUGAUGAUGACGAUGAUGAUGAUGAUGAUAAUCAUGAUAAUAAUACCAAGGCUGAAACUGUCUAACAACUAUUUAUCAUAUUUUUUUUCUUUUUUUUUUUGUUGUUUAAUUAAUUAAUAUACAUUAUUUUUUUUUUUUUUCUUUUCAAAUUGUGAUAGUCACGUCUAUGAUGACGUGACCUGAUGUGCAAAUACCACCAGAAGAUGUAUGCUUAUUUUAUUUUUCAAAAAUAAUCAUUAACGGCUGGCCGUUAAUUUAAUUUAUAUAUAUAUUUUUUUUUGUCUUUAUUUAAAUUUUUAAGCUACA